AUGAUGUCCAUGAACAGCAAGCAGCCUCACUUUGCCAUGCAUCCCACCCUCCCUGAGCACAAGUACCCGUCGCUGCACUCCAGCUCCGAGGCCAUCCGGCGGGCCUGCCUGCCCACGCCGCCGCUGCAGAGCAACCUCUUCGCCAGCCUGGACGAGACGCUCCUGGCGCGGGCCGAGGCGCUGGCGGCCGUGGACAUCGCGGUGUCCCAGGGCAAGAGCCACCCUUUCAAGCCGGACGCCACGUACCACACGAUGAAUAGCGUGCCCUGCACGUCCACGUCCACUGUGCCGCUGGCGCACCACCACCACCACCACCAUCACCACCAGGCGCUCGAGCCCGGUGACCUGCUGGACCACAUCUCGUCGCCGUCGCUCGCGCUCAUGGCCGGCGCGGGGGGUGCGGGCGCGGCGGGCGGCGGCGGCGGCGCCCACGACGGCCGGGGCGCAGGCGGCCCGGGGGGCGGCGGGCCCGGCGGCGGCGGCCCCUGGGGUGGCGGCGGCGGCGGUGGCCUGGGCGGUGGCGGCGGCGGCCCGGGCGGCGGGCUCUUGGGCGGCUCGGCGCAUCCGCACCCGCACAUGCACGGCCUGGGCCACCUGUCGCACCCGGCCGCGGCCGCCAUGAACAUGCCGUCGCUGCCGCAUCCUGGGCUCGUGGCCGCGGCGGCGCACCACGGCGCGGCGGCGGCAGCGGCGGCGGCGGCGGCCGGGCAGGUGGCAGCGGCGUCGGCGGCGGCGGCGGUGGUGGGCGGCGGCCUGGCGUCCAUCUGCGACUCGGACACGGACCCGCGCGAGCUCGAGGCGUUCGCCGAGCGCUUCAAGCAGCGGCGCAUCAAGCUGGGCGUGACGCAGGCCGACGUGGGCUCGGCGCUGGCCAACCUCAAGAUCCCGGGCGUGGGCUCGCUCAGCCAGAGCACCAUCUGCAGGUUCGAGUCGCUCACGCUGUCGCACAACAACAUGAUCGCGCUCAAGCCCAUCCUGCAGGCGUGGCUGGAGGAGGCCGAGGGCGCGCAGCGUGAGAAAAUGAACAAGCCGGAGCUCUUCAACGGCGGCGAGAAGAAGCGCAAGCGGACUUCCAUCGCCGCGCCCGAGAAGCGCUCCCUCGAGGCCUAUUUUGCCGUACAACCCCGGCCCUCCUCGGAGAAGAUCGCCGCCAUCGCCGAGAAACUGGACCUCAAAAAGAACGUGGUGCGGGUGUGGUUUUGCAACCAGAGACAGAAGCAGAAGCGGAUGAAAUUCUCUGCCACUUACUGA